AUUCUAGCGGACGGGGAAUCCCCUUUCAAUCAAUGUAAUCGUUUGCUCGCAGGCGUAGCUUGUUAUCUGUAUAAUCAACAAGAAGAUGGAGCUUGUUUAUCGGAUUAGUUCAAAUGCAAAGUCAUCAGUUCAAUCUCUCGGCCACUCCAGUAGUUCUAGUCCCAUAUCUGCAACAUGGUCAUGCAAUAAUCUAUUGGCAUAUCCAUGGGAAAAAGUAGUCAAAGGAUAUACAGAAAGAUAUGUCAGCAUCAUUGAUCCAAAUCAGCCAUGGGAUGUCCACACAAUAUCAUUCGAUAAAGCUUCUGUAAAAACUUUGCAAUGGAAUCAAACAGGCAACAAGUUACUCUGCUCAACUUCAACUGGUUUUUGCAAUGUAUGGAUUUCAUCAAAUCAUCUGACAAAUGUUUGGAAAGAAAAAUCGACUUAUGGAUGCGACUUACAAGGAGAAGAUAUUUUGGCCUCAUCAUGGCUAUCGAAUGGAAGAAAGGUUGUGCUUCACGUGGACAAGUUGGACAAUCCCAAAGAAAAAAUAUCGAGAGCUCAUCACCGACCAUCGCUUGCACAACUUGGUGGUCAACCAAUGGAAGGGUAUAUUUCUGUUACUGGGUCUGGACUUGUAGUCGUAAAAUGUAUUACUGUUACACAAGAUGAUGCACCAAUAGUAGCGAAAGCGCAGCUGAGCAACACCGAAAAUUUCAUGUUGGCGGAUAUUGUAUAUUCAAAUCAGGGAAAUAUUAUCGUCAUGGCAACUGAUUGUGACAUCAACAACCCAAUAAAAUUUUGGACAAUUGAGCUGCGCUACAACAAUGACACAAACAAAUUAUCGCUUGAAGUUGAUGUACUCCCCAAUAUUACUCUAAAAUGUGUCGAAGAUUCUGCUGGCAAAUACAACUGUAUAACUCACGCUCGAUUUGUAACUGGAACAAGUACUGAAUGUGUUGUGAUUUGUGCAGCUGGUUCAACAGGGUCCACGGUAGAAUCAUGGAUUCUGAAGAAAGUUCAACCACAAGUUCAUCCUUCGUUUUCAUCAAUGUCUAGUUCGAUUGAGAAAAUGCAGAAAUGGCAAUUUGUAUUAAGUACUCCACUUUCACAAAGGGCUGUUAGCAUAUCAAUACCAUCAAUACCUGUGAGUUCUCAAACAGCUUCAAUAAAAGCAGCGAAUGAGAAAAACUUUUUCUGUGGGAAUGCAAUUGCUGUCGCUUUUCCUAACAAUUCAAUACAACUGUUACAUAGAAUCACACUUGCUCCAUUACUAACACAUUCAAUAUCGGAUGAUUUAAAUCAAACAACAACAACAGUACUGGGUAAGCGACAAAGAAAGGAAGACAUAAAUUCAACGAUACAGCAUAUUGAAUUUUCUGCUACUUCCUGUGCUCUGGCAGUAUUCGACAAUAAUGCAAAUUUAAUGAUGUACAAAAUAGCACCUUGGCUGCAGAAAAUGUCACCAGUUGGUUGGAUGGCAGCUCAUCACAUAUCUCAGUUACUAUACUUCUGCAUAAUUUCAGGACAUGAAUGGUGGGACGUAUUGUUACACAUGCAAACUAGUACUGUUAAUUUGGUAUGUGAGCAGCUUUCAAAGGAAUUUAGCAACCAGAGUCCACCAAUGCAACAGAUGUUGAAGUCCAGGAUGUUGUCCGUCAAAAUUUCAAUCUAUCAACAAUCUCAUAGAACAGCAGAUGCCGUCGAUUGUCAUCUAAGAUUGAUGUUUGAGGCUAUAACUGUGGUGUUUAGAUCAUUACUUCAGCCGCCACAUGAUUCCAUGGAUGAUCAGGCACCAGCUGACAAGCUGCAUGAAGUUUGUAGUUCAUCAUUCGAAACUGACAUCAACAAGUUACUGCAGUGUGUCGAUACAGAUACGCAGUCACUUCAGUCAUUGCAACAAUUAAUACAAUGGAUUGCAGAUGUUACCUUGUAUAUUUUAUCAGUUGUUCCUCAACCAAUAAAUUCAAAUACUCCUGGUUCAUCACUUAUAUAUGAUAAAGAAUUUCUUUCCAUAUUACGAGAAUUACUCGUUAUCAUACAAACUUGGAAAUUAUUAAAAUCGGCAUGUUCACCAGUCUUUUGUUGUUUUGAUGAUCAUAUAGAUGGACUAUCUUAUAUUUUCAAACUACUCACAGAAGUAUAUCGUGCAGUAUCUAUGGGAGAAACGCAAGGUCGUAUACCGGAUAAUAUAAUAGAUGAAUGUUGUUUAUUACCGAAUCAAAUUCUUAUACCUUCGAUUGAUAUUAUUAAACCAGUUGAUGGUGUGUUACAACGUUUAUCAGUGAUACCAAUGCCUUACAGGUUCGAGUAUGAUCGUAAACCACCAUGUUCUUCAUUAUCAAAUAAAAUAUCUAUAAACAAAAGCAGUUUUUUGAAACCACAUGACGAUUCUGGAAAAAUAGAUAACUUGCGGCGAAUAUUCCUGGGAAAAUCACCUGUUGCUGCUUUGAAAACAUGCACAAGGUGUGGGAUGUUGUCAUUGUUAAACCCUUUUCCUCAAUCAAACAUCGAAUUUUGGGAUAAAAGGUUUACUUCAUAUUGUAUUUGUGGAGGUAGUUGGCAAAAAGUCACCACUGGAAGCAAGAACUGAACAAGUGCGAUGACAAUUUCAAAGGCUUGCAUGGACCAUCGGUCAGAGAUAGCAAUUUGUCAGUGUGGACUGUUUUAGUCAGUACCAGUUAUAAGUGUCCUAAUGAGCAUUGAGUGUUUAUACCUGUCAAUGCGAAAUAACUUACGAGACUUUUCGACUCGUUGUAGUUUUUAUUGCUAUUAUCUGAAUGAGAUAUAUCAUUUUUAUAUUCAAUUUUCAGUGAAUCGUGAACUUUUAUAUUCGGGCCGUUUGCUACACAUUCCUUCAUUGUAGAAUAUUGAACAGAAUAAGUAGCAGCCAUCACUAGUCAAUAAGAGAGUUGUGAUAAGCUAUUUGAACUUUUUAACAGCAGUCGAACUAAACAAUGACUCUAUGACUCUAUCCAAUCACAGUUGGAGGCAUGUAUUGAAAAAUGCACCGCCAGAAAAUAUUUGACUGUGAAAAAAAUUUAUAACUUAACAAAAAGCUUAAUUGGUUACAAUGUCUGUUUUAUCGUCUGCAGUCAUAUAUAUUUGAAUCCUUGCCAUAAAGUAGGGCUGGGAAUUUCAGUGAAAACACUGACAGUACUGAACUGAAUUGGUCAGCUAACUGUUAAUGAUGUCAAAGGCAAAGCAUAAAACAAGGCUGUCUUAUUGUUAUUUCUGAUCUAUCUUUAGGACUUGGUAGACAAUUUGCAACACAAGUUUUACACACAGAUUCAUUUUAUUUACGAGCUUAUCUGCUUAUCUUGUUUAUACUUUCUCAUAACUAAACACAAAAU